AUGCAGGUAAGACAGGGUGUGGCAUAUCCCGUGCAAGAAGGGUUGUCUGUGCUCAAUGCAACCACAGGUGAGGUGGUGGCAAACGACGGUCAGACCAUGGGCGAGAUAGUCAUGAGGGGUAACAUUGUCAUGAAAGGAUAUCUGAAGAAUCAGGAGGCCACACAGGAAAGCUUCAAGAAUGGCUGGUUCUGGACCGGGGAUCUGGGUGUGCUAUAUCCGGACCGCUACAUUGAACUGAAGGACCGGUCCAAAGACCUGAUCAUAAGUGGGGGUGAGAACAUUUCCUCCGUAGAAGUGGAGCGUGCCAUCUACAACCACCCGGCUGUAGGCGAGG